AACGCGGCGGGUCGGAAAACUCUCGUCCCAUUUCUCUUCUUCCUCUCACAGAAACGGAAGAAGCGUAGUAGGUUUAUCCGGAAAAAAAGAAGAAGAAGAGUCGGAGUAGGUUUAAUGAUGGUCGGAGACGCACGCAGCCGGAAAGCUACGGAUGCGCGAUUAUCUCCCCCGGGAAAAUCGGCGGCCGUUUCAAACAAACGUCCACAUCGAAUCGAUCCCUUUCGAUUUCCCUCCAUAAAAAUUUCGACCGUAACCACUCCCCGCGCGGUCAAUUAACGAGCCCCCACCCCCGCUCGUUUCGUUUUCCAUCGGCGUCGGUUGGUUGCGCAUUUGAGAACGCCAAGUUUACUAAUCGCCAUGGCUGAGCUUGCCUCGCGCUGCGCAUAGGAGACACAGCCGUAUAUAGCUCCUGUGUUCUAUUCUCUUGGCUCUAGCGGUGCGCUUCAGAGCUUGCGGAUCGGCGGAUGGCGGGGCUGCAGAGGUCGAGCGGGACGUUCCGGCGGUCGGGCUCGUCGGGGCUGGUGUGGGAGUGGGACGACAAGCACCUCUCCGGGGAGAUCAGGCCCGCCGCCGCCGCCCGCCGCGGGGUCUCCCUCGACGGCCGCGCUGCUGGGGCGCCGGAGGCGCGGGGUCUUGACAGGAGCCGGUCGAGCGGCCACGGCGGCGCUGCUAGAGCACCGGAGGCGGCGGCCCCAGUGCGGGUGGAGCGGAGCCGGUCGAGCGGGCACAGGACGGGGGCGGGACGCGUCCCGCCCCCGCUCGACCCGCCCUCGCCGCGGGUUGCCCUGUGCGGCGGCGGCUUCUGCGGCUUCUUCCGCGGAAAGGGCGGCGGGAGGAAGAAGAAGACCAAGAACGACGCCCGCAAGGCGAAAGGCAAGGGCCGGCGCCACUGAGGUCUCUGAGGAGGCCAGCUAGUGGUUGAUCGAGUGAUUUGUUCCUCACACCCGCAGGCCAGGCCAGAUGGCAGCCCAUCGGGUCCAGCCCGGAUUGGAGCUAAGAUCGGUGUCGGUGCAGUGCUCUCUUUUCUUUUAGUGUUGUGAUCAGAAAACUGAGACGUUACAUUUGCUUCCUGUGCGUCCAAAAUCUUUAAGGCAUUCAUUCAAUCUGUACUAAGAUUUGUCAUUGUCAGUCUUGAAUGUUUCGUGGUAGGGCCAAUUUUUCCUUCAACAGUGUAGCAAAAUUAAACUCGGUGCGAAAAAAACUGUACAUCAUGCGCCUGCAUUUCUGUACGGUGGCUUCAGUAAUGCCUGGCUUCUAAUGGUACUGCAUGCAGUGGUUACUGGUACACCGGAACCUGAAGAACCUGGAAUCAUGGCCAUUUUUCUCUGUUGCCGCGCAUGGAAAAAGCCCCAAUUGGUCUCCCACGUUCCUUUGCCACACCCGGCCUCAUCACUCGGUGAUGAAUGAUGGUGUCAUGGUGAGCUGCUUUCUUUGGCACCGGAGGUCCGGAGCGUUCGUUCUUCAGCCUCUCUGUUAGUGCUUGGCAGCUUGGACUCUCGAGGUCUCAACCUUGUCAGCCGCGAUUCCAGGGAGACAAUUCUAAGCAGAAAGAGCAAAUACGUUGCGGCCUAGAGAAGUAGAGAGCAAGAAACCCUUGAGAUUUCCUGUCGAGUCCCAUCCCCGGUUGCUCGGGCAAGCAAAAAUUUCUGAUAACCACUGAGGUGGCACAUA